UCCCCUGUCUAUUCAUCCCUCUUCUCUUUCGGUUACUGCCUGAGCCUCAAUAACCUUUCAAGUUUCGAGCAACUACCUUAUUCCUUUCUCUCAUGGCUGAAUCCAAGCCGGCCAACUUUAAUGGAGCCUAUUACGCCGGUCCCCAAGGUGUCCAAGCCCCUCCCCAACACCCCUCACAAGCCUACCAAAGCCCCGGCCGCCGCCAUCGCUCCUGCGGCCUCUGCUGCCUUCUAGGCACCUUACUCAAGCUCAUCAUCGCCAUUGUUGUCAUUCUCGGUAUCGCCGCCCUCGUCAUCUGGCUCGUUCUCCGGCCGACGGCCAUCAAGUUCUACGUAGAAGAUGCCUCCCUGACACAGUUCAACUUGACCAAUGCGAACACUCUGCACUACGAUCUCAAAUUGAAUGUCAGCAUAAGGAACCCCAACAAGAAGAUCGGGAUUGACUACGACGAGCUCGACGCGGCGGCGUACUACGAAGGAGAGCGGUUCGGGUGGGUUCAGCUGCCUGGUUUCUAUCAGGGGCAUAAGAACACCACCACACUGCAGCCUGUCUUCAGGGGACAGGCUUUGAUGGUUCUUGGGGACUUCAUUGCUGGUGACUUCAAUGAACAGAAGGACAGUGGGUUUUUCUACGUAGAUGUCAAGAUUAAACCCAAGAUGAGGUUCAAAAUUGGGCAUUUGAAGACAACCAAGUACAAUCCAAAGGUUUGGUGCUACUUGAUGGUUCCAUUGAACUCCAAAAGCUCUUCAUCAUCUGGAACUGGUGGCUUCACAAGAACCAAAUGUCAUGUGCACUAUUAGUUUUUCUGGGACGUUUCAUUCAUUUUUGGGUUCACAUUUGUUCUCUUGCACAGAUCUCUCCGUGUUCAUUAGCUGUGGCUGGUGAUUGAGAUUCUUCAUUUUUGUUGGGACUUUUGGUGUGUACAUAAUAAAAGUCGUUCUCUCUGUAGAGGAUCUUUGUUAUUUUUCA